AUGUUGGAGGUCCAGGAGGAGAGGCCUGCCGCGGCAGGAGGAACGGCAGCGACACACUUCAGCAAGAAAGAGCGAGGGAAGAAGGAACGAGAGGAGGCCAAGGACGGCCGGGGGAAUCUUGGGAAUAUCGGGAGCAGUGCUCCGGGUUCGGGUGGCCGAGGGAACGGCAGAGGGAAAGCCCCUCACACACACACAGGAAGCCCCCACCAGCUCAUCACCCCACCCUGCUCUGUGGUGCUGGGAGCCCCCUCCAUUCACCCCAACAGACUGAAGAACUCCCCAUCCACCAACACACAGAGGUGAGGGAGAGCAAGUGUACAAUGUGUGUAUGGUGGUAGUAUUGGUAUUAGUGGUGGUGGUAGGAGUUGUGGUAGUAUUAGUGGUUAUGGUAGUAUUAGUGGUGGUGGUAGUAGUUGUGGUAGUAUUAGUGGUGAUAUUGGUAGUAUUAGUGGUAGUAUUAGUAGUGGUGGUGGUGGUAGUAAUGUGUGUCCUUGAGUCAGGGAGUACACUGUUUGGAUGUUCUCUGCUGACUCAUGUUUCUGGAGCCACUGGAAACCAGCUUCUGCCCUGCCAAACGCCUGCCAGUCUUCUCUCUCACACUUUCUCUCCUAUCUCUCAUAUCUCUUUCUCUCCUAUCUCUCUCUCUCAUAUCUUUCUCUCCUCUCUGGCUGAAUGUGUCUGUCAGUAGGGUGUGGUAUGGUGAUCUCUCUGCCAGUUGGACGGUUCCUGUUCUCCUAAACUGUACUUUACUCAUGGCCAUUCAGAAGCAGACGCCCUGCUCUGCCUCUCCUCUACGGAUCAGAGCCAAAUAUAAGACUCUGGCUGGGAUUAUUCCUACAGCGCUAUUGGCCAGUGAGAAAAGUGUGUGUUUCCCUUCCCUCUGUACCUAUACUCUUACUGUACAGCACCGUGGUUAGUAGCUAUAAUGAUGGAUCGUGGUAGGCUGGGGGAUUUCCCACAGCGUAAAUCCUGGACACAGUAGGCCCACUGUUUUAGUCUGUUCAUAUUUGGGCACCUCCAUACAAACAGAGCUGCUGAAUGACUGUGUGUGAUUUAACUAUUUUGGCAGUCUCUCCUCCCGGCAGUGGAAAGAGGGGAGUGAGGGGAGAUUGGGAGGGGUUGAUGGGACAAGAGGUCAGUCUGGUUCACUCCAAGCCAGCCGUCUGACUCUCUGGCCUCUUUUCCAGCUCAACCUCCCCCAGUUGGGAGCCUGUUCACUGGGCACACGUUAACUUUAGCCCCAGGCUUCGGCCUGUUCCCCCCUCUGUGUGUCAUGGUGGGGUUAGUAAGAGGACAAAGAGACUGUGUGUACUACUGGGGGAGCCACACCUGUUGUGACACACACACACACAGUCUUGUACAACUAACCUUGUGGGGACACAAUUCAGUCCCAUUCAAAAUCCUAUUUUCCUUAACCCCUGACCUUAACCCUAACCGUAAAACUAACUCUAAACCUAAUUCUAACACUAAUUCUAACGUUAACCCUAAACCCCCUAGAAAUAGCAUUUAACCUUGUCGGGACUAACAAAAUCUCCCCAGUUGGUAAAUUUUUUUGUUUGUUUACUAUUCUUGUGGGGACUUCUGGUCCCACAAGUAUAGUUAAACACAUCCACACAUGCACACGCACACCAAGGCUAUGUCAUUGAUAAGCACUUCUUCCCUCCCCUCUCUCAGUCCUAAACCCAAGCCAGAGGUCAGGGUGCGCUCCCCUCCAGUCAUGUCCCCCUCCGGUGGCGCCGCCCAGAUGGACUCCAAACUGCCCAAUCAGAGCAAACCAGGAAGUGCCGGCAGCCAAUCGCAGGUCUCGUCAUGCGACCCCAAGACAGUGGGUGCUAAGGGCUCCCAGCAAGGAGGCAUGUUAGGGGUGGUUCCAGGUGGUAUGGGGGGUCUGAAGAACGGCCAGGGCUUGACCUCUGGGGAACAGGGGACAAAGGUCAAGGGGAAGAGGGAGAGGAGCACCUCAGUGGAGUCCUACAACGAGCAGCAGCCAGGCACAGCUACGCCCACCAGUGACGACAAGGGUGAGUAGUACACUGCACUCUAAAUAGAGGUAUUAAGUAGUGUACUUUUUACUAAUCAUAACCUACGUUCCACUUUUUUUUUUUUUCACAUUCCCAUGAAACUAAAGUGCUUACAUCUGUCUCUCUGACACAAUAGCUAUUGAAGUUACUGGGCGUGUUAUGUGUCCAUGUUGUUGUCUGUGUGAACAUGUUGUUGUGGCUGUAGAAACAUCAGCAGGCCCCUGAAAGCGUGUCAUUAUGGUCACACUCUGAAUUGAUAUGCUGCUGUCUCUCUGCUCUCCUCCUGGGAGUCUGGUGGACAGGACUGCACUCUGAUAAGGGAGGGAGAGUGUGUUUGUGUAUUAUCGAUAGAGAGCUCAGAUGUAACUGUAUAAGUACACACGACACACACACUGACUGACUGUGUGUGUGUGUACAGACAGUAACAGGGUGAAGAGGAUGUGUGUGGCUGAGCGGAGGCAGCCCUACAGUGGAGCUGACUGGUGUUCUGGAGGAGAGAGUGACGAGGACGACAAAGGAUUCUUCAGUAAGUGUGUCUGUCCUUCCGUCAUCCCCAUUUCCACCUGCUAUUGUGAACUACAGUAACCAUUAUCCUCUCUGUCCCUCCCCAGACUGUAACUCCAGUGACAUGAAGCCCCAGGACUCCAACUCCCAUCCUCCCUCCAACGCCGGACUCAGCCGCUCCUCCACACCCUCCCACAAUGCACUAGGAGGCCAGGGCGCUGCGUCGGAGUCGGCGGGUGGUCAGAAGGCCGGGUCUAAAGUGGUUUACGUCUUCACUACAGAGAUGGCCAACAAGUAAGGGAGAUCUCAGGGAAAUAAUGUCAAAGAACCAUCUUGGUCCUAAUAGUCCAUGAAGAAUCUAAACGUUCUACACUCAAUGGGCUUUAUUCUGUGUGUUAGUGAUUGAGUUGUAGUUGCAGUGUGUGACGUGUUCCCUCUCAGCAAACUCAGUGUUCCACACACCCAGGUUAUUCUGAGCUGAACACAGCAGUAUUACUACAGUCAUGGACGGACACGCACGCACACACACACACACACACCUGAGAAAGGUAGGCUCAGUCAGUGGAGCUUUAGUAUUCUGUUGGUUUCCCCAGUUGUCUCCGAUUAACACUGUCCUCUGUACGGAAUAGGAGAUGUAUGUUCUGGAUGUUAAGUGAAAUUGUUUGUUUAGUCUGUCGACCUUGGCAUUUCCUUCAUGCCCUCUGCUGACACUGGCCUCAUUCUGCUGCCACACACAGAUGGACAGAUAGAUGUGACUGUCUGGUCUCUGUUCCUUAGGGCUGCUGAUGCUGUUCUAACAGGCCACUCAGAAAACAUCAUCAACUUCCACAUGAAAAAUAUCUCCAACAGCAAGGACAAGACCCCCCUCCCACCCCUGGUAAGAACACACACACUGCCAUGAUGACUAGACAUGAAACCUGGCAUACAGUCUGUGUGAACAGUCAGCUUUAAUAAAGACUUGAUUUACAAACCCUGACUUACUCAAACCUCCUUGUUUCUUAUUCCCCUGCCUUUUGUCUUUUUCCUUUCUCUGUUUUAGAACGAUCAGGCAGGACCCCUCCGAGGUGACUCCAAGCCCCCCCAGCAGUCCUCAUCUCAUCCCUCAGACAAGAACCACCAGACAGGGUCUAAACCUGGCCUGACUGAUCAAGCUCCACCACAGCCCCCUCCCCAGGGGGUUAAGCCUGGUUCACUCACCCAGGAUGGGGCCUCCUCAGCAGACAUGGAGCCCAAGAACCUCUCUGGCAGCAGCCCUGGUAAUACCAUGGGUACAGGUGACCAGACCCCUGGGUGCCAGCCCCAGUCUGAGCAGGGCAUGCCCCCCCUGAACCCCACUCAGCCUGGUGAAGGAGGAGGGCUGAGGCCCAUGGGGAUGGGUCAGCCUGGUCUGACCCCCCAGCAGCAGCAGCAGCAGCUGGCCCAGGAACUUCUCAACAUGGAAGCUAACACAGAGGGCCUGUCCCAGGAACAGCUGGAGCACCGCCAGCGCUCCCUCCAAACCCUGCGAGACAUCCAGCGCAUGCUCUUCCCUGACGACCGCGAUGCCCCACCGCCACCCGGUCCUAUCGGGGGACCCCCUCAGUCCCACGACGGCAUGCCCGAUGGGGGGCCCAGGAGGCCGGAGCAGGGCCCUCUCCAGGCCAUGAUGGCCCAAUCACAGAGCCUAGGUCCACCAGGGGGAUCGGGAGGGUCCAGACCCCAGGGAACCCCAUUCGGCCCCCCGCAUGGUCACCCCAGAGACAUGCCCCCCUUCCCAGAUGAGCUGGGCCACAUGAUGGGUCCUGGAGGGUGUGUGGAUGGAGAUCACAUGACCCCGGAGCAGGUGGCCUGGCUGAAGCUGCAGCAGGAGUUCUACGAGGAAAAGAAGAGGAAACAGGAAAUACAUCAACGGCCACUUCCUCCCGACAUGAUGAUGCACCCCCACGGGCCGCGCAGCAUGAUGCGAGGGCCCCCACCACCCUACCAGAUGGGCCCCGGAGAGGUGUGGGGUCCAGGGGGGCCGGGAGGGCCACCAGAGCACUACCAGGAUCGCAUGGCCAUGGGCCCCAGAGGGAUUCCUCCUCACAUGCAGAGGAUGCCUGGGUUCCCCCAGGGCAUGAUGAACCCUGACAUGGAGGGACCCCCCAGGCCCGGGAUGGGCUGGCCUGAUGACAUGCCCCCCAGGAUGGGGGAUGGCCGGGGGUUCCCAGGAGGUAUGUUCGGAGGUCCAGGGGUGCGGGGAGAGCGCUUCCCCAACCCCCAGUCAGUCCAAGAGGCCAUGUUUCACCAGGGCAUGGGGGGCGACAAGGGACCGGGUCUUCCUCCACAGAUGAUGAUGGAGAUGCAGAGGAUGAUGGGACACCAAAGAGGCAGCAUGGAGCCGGGCAACGGGGGCGGGAUGAUGUUUCCCAGGAUGCCUGGCGAGGGCCCCAUGAGCCCCUCUUCCAGAUUGGCUGUGAUGGGGAGCCGGGACAUGGGCCCUGAGUUUGGCAUGAACAUGAGCCCAGAUGAGAUGAUGAGAAUGAGAGGGCAUCCAAUGGACAACAUGGGGCCCCAGGGGAGGCAGAUGCAGGGGCCCCACUUCACUGACCAGCCCCAGCCAGGGGACUUCCCCAUGGGGCCCGCACGGCCCUUCCCUGGUGGUCCUGGAGGUAUGAGGGGCCCUCAUGGAGAGCAGGCCUACAUUGGCCCGGAGCACAGGACCACCCCUAUGGGAGGCAACGGCCGCCUCAACCACCACCCCCCCGCCGCCGGACCCCUCCAGGGCCAGAGGGGACGUAAGCCUGCAGAGCUGAACAUCCAGCCAGGAGGGGGCAGCUCACCCAGUAUCAACCCCCUCAAGUCACCUCCUUUGAGGCAGGUGCAGUCUCCCAUGAUGGGCUCUCCCUCUGGGAACCUCAAGUCCCCCCAAACCCCCUCCCAGCUGGCUGGUAUGCUCUCCGGCCCUCCGGGACCCAACGGCCCCCCUAACACUGCCAACUCUGCUCCCAUGAAGUCUCCUCACUCUAUGAUGGGGUCUGCUGGUGCCUCCCCCGUACAUAUGAGGUCCCCGUCCCUCCCCAACCCUUCUCCAGGGUGGACCUCCUCCCCCAAACCCCCCAUGCCCAGCCCAGGACUCCCCCAGCAGCAAGGGGGUAAAACCCCCCACAGUAUGACCUCACCUAACAUGAUGGGAAAUAUGGAGCAAGGUACAGUACUUUUCUGGCUUUCUCUUCUUUCUCCCUCCACUGCUCUCUUCUCGCUCUCACUUCUCUUUCUCUUAACUGCUGUGAUAAACAACAUUCCUAAUGUUAUGUUCAAGACAGAGAUAAUAUUCAUUUUCAGAGAUUUUUUAAAAUACUUAGUACCUGAUGGAGAUGUAUGAUUGGGUGAAGAUGACAUCAUGUCUUGAAUAGAGGGCUGUUUUGUAACGUCCCUCCCCCUGCAGCACUCGGUCUGUUGUCCAGGCAGUCUAAACAGACCUCUGUGUUGUGUAUCUGGGAGUACAGGCUAGAAUUUGUCUCCGUCAGCUUCAAAUCAAAUAAUGUAUAAGUCAAUAAGUCAAUUGAAAGCAUCAUUCUCAUCCAUGUAAACACAUUUUCCCUAAGCAGAAAAUUUUUCCCAUUUCAGUUAAAUCACACCCCCUUGUGGCUAUGUAACUUCACUGUAUCUAAAUUAAUUCACGUCAUUAUUUACAAUUGACAUGUAUUGUAUGUCUACCUGAAAUGUGUUUGCCACAUUGUCCCUUCUAUAUCUAUUUCAAAGUAACCAGGGUAUUUUUUGCUACCUAAUGAAUAGGACCCAGGUAAAGAGUUUACUUUCAUAUCUCUCACCUCUCCCCAGGUGGUAAUGGCCCCCCCUCGGCCCCCCCCUCAUCAGGAGCCCAGUCUGGCUCCAUGCCCCUCCAGGGGGGUCCAGGCGGCGCCCCGACCGGCAGCCCUUACUCCCUACCCCCCGAACCCACGCUAUCCCAGAACCCCCUCUCCAUCAUGAUGUCACGCAUGUCCAAGUUCGCUAUGCCCAGCUCCACCCCCCUCUACCAUGACGCCAUCAAGACCGUGGCGAGCUCAGACGACGACUCGCCCCCUGCACGCUCCCCGAACCUGCCCCCCAUGAACAACAAUGGUGAGUGGACGGAGACAUGCUUAGAUGUCAUGUUAUACCUCAUUCAAGUAUCUUGUAAAUAAAUACGUUUUUUUGCUAUUUUUAUUUUGUAUGUAUUUUGUAACCCUUUUUCUUAGAGCUUUGACUUUAUGGUUUGCUCAAUUUGAUUGAAGAGGAGGAAUGAAAUUAUAGCACGCUCUCUAUGUUGUAUGGUGCACUAAUGUCCCUCUCUGUGGCCCUCUGUAGGUAUGGGAAUGAGCCACCACCAAGGUCCUCCUCGUAUGAUGGGCCCCGGCUCCUCUGGCCCCAUGCCUGUCCUCAGUCCCCUGGGUAUGACCCCCAUGGGCUCACAGCCCCUCUCCCACGGCAUGCCCCAGCAGAUGCCCUCCCCAAACCCCCCCAACAUGGGCCCUGGCAUGAUGCCUCAUGGCAUGAUGAUGCAUCCCAACCCUCAGGAUCAAGGCAUGGGCAACCCCCAGUUGAUGCCCCAGGGCCGCAUGGGCUACCCCCACCGAGGGCAGGGCUACCCCCUCCCCCAGUCCCCCUCCCAGCAGGGCGCCUACUCCCCCCACAACGGCCCUGGGCCCCAGGGCUUCCCAGGACACCCCAUGGGCUUCCAGGGAGAAGGGGGUCCCAUGGGGGGUCGGAUGGGGAACAUGCCUCCUGGAGGUGGAGGCGACGGAGGUAGGCCCAACAACCCUGGAGGACCACAGUUCAACAUGCACGGCGAGUUCAGUGAUGCAGACCUGCAUGAGGUGAUGCGAACCGGAGCUUCCGGUAUGCCAGAGUUUGACCUGUCCAGGAUCAUCCCAUCAGAAAAGCCCAGCCAGACGCUGUCCUACUUCCCCAGGGGAGGAGGAGAUGGCGGCCCCGGCCCAGGGGGGAAACCUCCACACAUGCAGGGAAUGAUGCAGGGGAUGAUGGGGGAGGGCCCCCCAAGGAUGGGUAUGCCCAUGCAGGGGAUGGGGGGGAUGCCCGGGGGGCCGGGAGGCACUAUGGGCCCCCAGGACAUGCCCAUGGGAAACCCUUCCCACAAUCCUAUGCGGCCACAUGGGCCCCCAGGGUUCAUGGGUCAGGGCAUGAUGGGACCUCAGCACCGGAUGAUGUCGCAGGGGGGUCCGGGGGGCAUGAUGCAGGGGAAGGAGAGAGGGGUGCUCUACAACCACCCUGGGCCUGGGGGGUCGCCCAACAUGAUGAUGUCACUACAAGGCAUGGGCGGCCCCCCCCAGCAGACGACGAUGAUGAUGAUGGGGGGGCAGAUGAGGCCGCGUGGCAUGGACAUGGACAUGGGGUUCAGCCCAGGGCCCGGAAUGUUCUAA